AUGAUCACCUCGAUUCUGGUCUGUGUCUUGCACAAGUUCACCGUCCGUUACGCUUUGCUUGUCCUCAUGGCUGCCGGACUCUGGUCGUCCAACGCACUUUCCCUGAGCUUUGCCUCUUCUACAUUCGGUUCUAUAGAUGCUAAGGUUCGUGCCAUCGCACUCGCCGUCAUGAACGGCCUGGGAAACCUGGCCCAGAUAUAUGGUGCGUACUUGUUUCCUUUCAAAGAUGCUCCGCAAUAUUACAUGGGCUUUGGUGUCAUCUCUGGGAUGCUUGGCUUCGGUGUAGGCGUGUAUAUUACAAUGCAUAUCCUGGUUCGCCGCUGGAAACCAUAG